AUGGGUUUAACCUCGACCACAUCACCAACAACAAAAACCCUCAAUAAUACCAACGAUGCCUCAUCACUACCCAUAAUAUUUAUUCUACUAGGAGAGAUCUUUUCAAGGCACCCAACCAAAUUUGCCGCGACACAGUUCUGCUUAUUCUCGCUGGGAUUUGCAUUCAGUGUCGUUGUCGACCAUCUACAAAAGGAACACGAUGUCACCCGCUACCCUGCAGACUCGACGCUGCUAUUAUCUACUGCUAGCUGGAUACCGUUUACGUGUGGGAUUGCUGCUUGUGGUGUCGGGACGCUGUAUCCGUGGAUGGACGUCUGGUGUACUGGCAAACCGCACGUGGUCAAGCAGGAAUGGAGUAGUGUGCUGCGAUGCUGUGGUGGAUUCAUCGGUGUGAACUAUGCUGCAUCGAAACUACCAUGGACAUCAUCAGCCCAAGUCAGCAUCACACUAGCACUUCUAGCUCUAGGCCUCUGGUUUAUAUUCGAUCGAACGCUCCACGGCUUCUUCUUCUCUCUAGUUAUAUCCGUAGUAGGUACCAUCAUAGUACAGCUAUUCGUCGCCCACGGAGUCUACUCUUAUACCCGAGCAGACUUCUUUGGAGUUCGUUCGUGGUUUCCCUGCGUAUUGUACGCCUCGUGUAUAUGCUUUGGGAGCAUCGGUCGGCAACUGUCUGUGGUGCCGGAUAUACAGUAUCUGAUAAAGAAGCUAGGGGCGGGAUCUAAAUUGGAAUGA